GGAUCUCGAGCUCGUCCCGGAACGACGAGCUCCUGGACCAAAUGUCACUGUCUGACUCCAUCUCAAAAAUACGAGUACAAAAAUGUCACAGCCGCUCUGUGUCGAAGCUACGAGAAAAUGGCGGGCAUUCCUGUUAAAUUUGCCGCGAAACAUUCUACGCCUGCGCAGUUGAUUGUUGGACAUAUGGUAUGCAUUUUACACGGACUCACAAGGACCAAUCAGAAACGACUUAAUUUGCUCAGUGAGAAGAGGACUUUCAGGAAGUUUUUUCUUUUGGCAGAAUCAUGGAUAAUGUUCAUUUGAUGGAGUUAAUCUAUAUCUAUCAAAGACUGAAAGAGAUAGAGGACUCAUUGGAGGAGGCUGCCAACAUGAUCGAGCGCUGCCUAACGUCAGCGUCCCACGAGUUAGAUGUCCAUCUCCAAACUGUAGAGCUCCUGUUGAGCAGAAAGUACAUGGAAGAUGAGGCCAAGUUGACUGCUGUUUUGGGCCGGAUGGAAGAUUUGUUGCUGAUCGUCUUGGAUUACAACUCCAUGCUGACGGGGAUGUUGACUACGGCAGAGAGGCUACUACAAGAGGAACGGGAGCUUGUGGCCUAUGCGCGGGACAUCUUAUGAAGACAACACUGGACGGGAUAGGGCAAACAAACACACCACUACACCCCCAACUGCGCGGAACAGACACGGCGGAAAAACAUUAUGAACAUUAUUAUGAAACUCAAAACCGACUACAAGCUUGCGUACGCGUAUUGCUAUUAGGAACUGUCUGAGAACUGUCCUUUCUCCCCAGAGCUGUGAAGCUUCUGAACAAGAGCUAGUCUAUUUUUAUAUACUGUGACUGAAGUGGCUUGUUUUCAUCUCAUUGUUUUUAACGAUAUUUGUGCCAGAACUGCUUAUAAAUAUGUCGUAAAGUGUAUUCGUUAUCUUUGUGUAACUUGCUCGUACGAUUUUAAUGAACAAAUUUACAGAUUUAAUAUUAUCAUGCAAUGUUGUUUGUAACAUUUCAAAGAACGAAUCAACUAGAAACCGUUCACGUCGCUCUGUG